GCAUUAAAGUUUCUCUGUUGUUGUUUUUUUCUUUAUCAUUUAUUUACAACUAAUUUCCAUAGCAAUGGCGUGCAAGGGGCAGCUUGAAGUGGAGGUGGAGCUCAAGUCUCCGGCAGAGAAGGUGUGGGGUAUCAUUAGGGACUGCACCACAAUUUUCCCUAAAGCCUUGUCCCAUGAUUACAAGAGCAUCGAAGUGCUCGAGGGCGACGGCAAGGCCCCCGGAUCCAUCCGCCUCAUCAAUUAUGCCGAAGGAUCUCCGAUCGUGAAAGUGUCGAAGGAGAAGAUUGAGUCGGUUGACGAAACGGGGAAGAUCUAUGUUUACAGCAUCUUCGAUGGGGAUCUGAUGAAAUUCUACAAGAGUUUCAUCGCCAAGAUCGUGGUGGCUCCCAAAGGAGAGUCGAGCUUGGUGAAAUGGUCUUGCGACUACGAGAAGGCGAGCGAGGAGAUCCCGGACCCCAGCCUCAUCAAGGAAUUCGCCGUCAAGAACUUUGUGGAGAUCGAUGACUUUCUUCACAAGGCAUAGUAGCCUAUUACUGAAUAAUAUGCGGGGUUUUCUGCUGCUGAAUAUCGGCAGAUUAAAUACUAUUUAUUUAGUCUGUUAUUUCCGGAGUUUCAUUGCCACUGUAUCAUUAGAAUAAAAUACUAUUAUUAUGUUGUCGUAUUGGAUUAUCUUUUUAUUA